UAGAUUGAUCCAUCCCACGAUCUUCUUUUCUUGGUCGUCGUCUUCUGAAACCCUAAUCGGAUCGGGAAGCCAUGGAAAAAAGCAUUAGCAUCACCUCCAACGUUAGCACGACGACUUCAAUGGAGAAGAUCGACCACGCAGCGAGCUGGAUCAGCGCCACCGUCAUCUCCGCUUUCUUCAACUCCCUCGAACGUUGCGCCUGCGUCAAUCUCUCCACCUCUCAUGAUGAUGAAGACGACGACGACGACGAGUCCCAUCACCGUCCUCUGGCUCUCUCCGCCGCUCCUCAUCCAAACGACACCGUUUAGCUCUGUUUUUAACCUCUGGUAAAUUAUAAUUUUUAAUCCCUCGUGUUUCUUCUUUUGCUAAUCGAUUGGUGUGGAUUUGUAAUUUCUUGAUUUUAAUGUAUGUAUCAAGAAUUUGAUUGUUUUGCGUGUAUCUGACUUUACUUGUGUUUGAAUGAAUUAUCUUUUUGCAU